UUACGGAAUACACAAUAUUUUUUCCGUUUCGCCUUUUUCAGGACAACUUUUUUGACACAUAUCCAGAUUUCCCGUGCAGCGUUCAUAUAUAAAAGCUAGAAGCACCCGCUCCGAUUGUCCGCCAGUCGAGCAGCACAAACCCUAACCCCUGGCAUCGAUCAUCCUCUGAGAUCUCUCAAAAUCCUCAACCCCGACCACAUGGGAUCCAGGAGAUUCAACUUCGGCGAUGGCGCCAGCCCCGGAAAAAUCUUCAUUGGUGGUUUAGCUAAGGAUACAACUCUAGAUCAAUUUGUGAAGUACUUUGGGAAGUAUGGAGAUAUCACAGACUCUGUUAUCAUGAAGGACCGUCAAACUGGACGACCCAGGGGGUUUGGGUUCAUCACGUAUGCUGAUCCAGCUGUUGUUGACACUGUUAUUGCUGAAACCCAUAUCAUCAAUGGCAAACAGGUUGAGAUAAAGAGAACCAUUCCCAAAGGAUCUGCUGAAUCCAAGGAUAUCAAGACCAAGAAGAUUUUUGUUGGUGGUAUUCCUACUGUGGUAACUGAAGAUGAGUUAAAAAGCUUUUUCUCCAAGUAUGGGAAGGUGGUUGAACAUGAGAUCAUAAGAGACCAUGUGACUAAACGAUCCCGUGGGUUUGGAUUUAUUGUAUUUGACAAUGAACAAGUGGUUGAUAAUAUUCUGGCUGAUGGAAACAUGCUAGAUAUGUCUGGUACCCAGGUUGAGAUCAAGAAAGCUGAACCAAAGAAACCCUCAUACUCUGCACCUGCUCCUGCCUAUGGUAGUGAGCCUAGGGGCCGUGGUUAUGCUGACAACUAUGGUGGAUUUGGCAAUAACUAUAGCAGUUUUGACAGUGGUGGUUUUGGCCCUGCCUCUUAUAGGUCUUAUGGAGGCCUUGGGGGUGGUAGGUUUGGUGAAUAUGGAUAUGGUGCUGGUGAAUAUGGGGGCCGCUAUGGUGACUUUGCUGGAGGUGAUUUUGGUGGUGGUUACCGUGGAGAGCCCUCACUUGGCUACUCCAGUCGCUUUGGCUCUUAUGCUGGUGGACUUGGUGGGGGAUAUGCUGGCAGUGGUUUAGGUCCAUAUGGUCGUGGUGGUGGUGGUUAUGGAGGGUUUGGUGGAGCUGGCUCAGGUGCUGGUUAUGAUUCUGGCCCUGGUGCUGGUUAUGGUGGACCAGGAGGCAUGUAUGGAAAUAGGGCAGGCUAUAGUGGGCCUAGUGGCAGUGGUCGAUACCAUCCAUAUGCCAGAUAGAUGUUAUACUAAACUUUUCCCAUAGGUGUUGCUGUCAGGUCUCUUGGUUAUUGCUUCUUGUCGCCCAGAGUUGAGUAGAUAUUCAAAGCCGUAGCAACUAGCAAGGAGGCACUGUCUAGAAGAUUGGAACAACCUUAGUUUAUUUUAAUAUUGUGGUUUAAGAGAAUAUUAGAUAUAUCUGCUUGAUUCUGAUUGAGCCUUGUGUUUGUAGUUUAGAUGCUUUCUUCAAAUUAUGAAGUUUGGAUUAGUUAGACCUCAAUGUUGGGCUGUUUAAUGUAUUUUUAAGGUUAAUAUUUUAGAUGAUUGUUAUGCAAGGAAAUGAUAUAUAUCUCUACUAAUCUAGUAAUUUAAGGUUACUUGUAAGACUAGUUAUUAGAGUUAAUUCUAUUUUUAGCCCUCAAAGUAUAGUGGCUUUGCCACUUUUGGUCCUCAACUUUAAAAUUGAGCAAUUUCGGUCUUCCAAGUAUUGAUUUUUUGGUUACGUUUGGCCUCUGGGAGAUUUUCUAUCAAAUGGUUGUUUGAGUCAUUUGAUAGAAAAUCCACGGGAGGACCAAAAGUAGCACCAAAAAAAAAAUAUUUGAAGGAUUAAGAUUGGUCGACUUUAGAGUUGGGAACCAAAAGUGGCAAAACUACUAUACUCGAAGGACUAAAAUGGUAUUAACUCCUAGUUAUUAUUAUCAUUUUUUGGUCAUAGACCCUAUCUAUAAGAUGGCAGACAGGUUCCAUGACACUGAGCUAGUGCAUAUGUCUUAAGACAUGGAUUGUGUCUUGUGAUUAGGUUCACAAUGUGUUCUGAAGUAUUGUAGUUAGCUUGAUGGCAGCUAUUUUAGGUUUUCCAGUUAUUAGCUUGUCUACUUUAUCAUAGUUUAUAUAAAUAUAAUAAUUAAAAAAACUAGUUAAUAAGCUAUGCUGCAAAGCUAUAGUUGCACUUCUUUUAUAUCUAACUGAUAAUGUAGUAAAGUAGUCCAGUUUUGCAAAGGGAUUUGAGAAGAUAGCUAUAAACUAGUAGUGAUUGUAAUUUAUUUAUUUACUUUUUAAUGUAGUAGACUAAAAAUGUUGUAGAACAGUGACAGGGGGAUGGCUGGAGUUGUGUGAUGCGGUGGAUUUGAAACAGAAGUUUGGUAUGGUUGUUGGUGAUUAGAGAAAUGGGGAACCGUGGGUUGUCAACUGUGUUAUGGUUCAUAAGAGAUGGCUCUUGUUGUGCUGCUAAAGAAAAAUCUGGGGUUCUCAUUGCUUCACUUGUAUGCAUUGACCACUCAAGAAUAGAAUAAUACGGAGUAGUUGUUAGACUUUAAACUGAUAGAUUGAGGUUUUCUUACCCAGCCUAGUUUGCAACUGAAAGUUGAAACUUAGGUCUUGAUGCUGAGUUCAUUAUAUUUGAAAGCCGCUUCCCUUGUACCUUCAUCUAUAUGCACACAGAACCGCUUCCCUAUUAGCAUUAGUUUGUAAAUUGUUUUUCCCUCCAUUCCAGAUUUCACGGUAAGUAUGCAUGUAUUGGCAAUGUUAUGCAGCUGCUUCAGUAACACAAGCAUUGAGCAGGUAGACUGGCAGAAGAGGUUAGUGAUGCUACUACACACAAGAAUCCGGUCUGCCUUUUUUAUGACUGGAAUCCACUGGUGUGUUUACUACCGAAGAAGGAAAGUAGAGAAUAUGAUUACUUGUACAUCUGAAAAACAGAAAACAGUGAGUGGAGAAUGGAAAAUUGGAGAAAGGAAAAAGGAAAACAAUGUUUUGACUGGAAUCUGUUGUUUUGCUGUCAUCUUUUCUCCUGUAAAUGAUAGUCUUAGCUAGUAGUGUUUUUUAUUUGUAAUUCUGCCAUGAAUGUAUGUAGUCCAUGUAAACUUUACAGUACUAUAUGCCAGUUCAUAAGAGUAUCAAGUAUCAACUACUCUGGGGCUUGCUUUGUUUUCUAUUCAGCAUGUAAUAUUCUUGUAUUAGUGCCAAAAAGGGGAUCUUAUUGUAAUGUAUCUUUCAACAAUUCUUGUAUUAGUGCUGAUCUUUCGUGUGAAGAAGGUGAUCUUUCAGUCAUUUAUAAUGAA